AUGUCAAACGUCAAGCGGUUAUUUCUUUCAGCACUGGCGCUUGCCACCCCGUCUCUGGCGGGCGAGGGGAAUAGGACUGAUGGCAAAUACAUUGUCACGCUGAAAGAUGGCCUUUCCACAAGCAGCUUCCACAGUCACAUGAGCUGGAUCAAAGGUAUACAUGCGGGCGUCACUGUCAGCGCCGGCCACCGAGGAAUUGAGCGCGUAUACGAUGGAACCUAUGGGUUUAGUGGCUAUGCCGGGCAGUUUGAGAAGGAGACCCUCGCCGAGAUCAAGGCUAGCCAAGAUGCACCUGUCGAACAAGACAAGGUCUGGCGCCUCACCUGGAUUCGAGGCGACGUGGGCAUCGAAGGGCAACGCCAUCUCAAGGCCAGGCAGCAGAACACGACCUACAUGGAGCAGGACGAUGCUCCCUGGGGCCGGGCAGCAGUUUCACACCGGCACGCCGGGGCACAGGGAUACAGAUACGACGCCGUCGCGGGCGAGGGCACCUAUGCGUACGUCAUCGACACCGGUAUCCGGGACACGCACAGCGAGUUCGAGGGACGGGUGCAGAAGGGGUACAGUGCCUUCGACCAGGACGCCGAUUCCGUGGGCCACGGCACCCACGUUGCCGGAAUCAUUGCCGGCAAGACGUACGGGGUCGCCAAGAAGGCCAGCGUGGUUGCCGUCAAGGUCAUGGACGGCGAAUCGGGCAUGAUGUCGGACAUCCUCGCGGGAUUCGACUGGGCAGUCAAGGACGUGCUGACGAACAAGCGCGCCGACAGAGCCGUCAUAAACAUGUCUCUCGGGGGCCCGCGCUCCACGGCCUUCAACCGAGCCGUCGACCAGGCGUCAGCCCGCGGCAUCACGACCGUCGUCGCCGCCGGCAACGAGGCCGCCGACGCGGCUGAUUCUUCUCCGGCCUCUGCCCAGGGUGCCGUUGCCGUUGCGGCCAUCGACGACGACUGGAGGCGUGCCAGGUACUCCAACUUUGGGCCUUCGGUGGGCAUUUUCGCACCGGGAACCAUGGUCCUGUCUGCCUCCUACCAGGAUGAUUCGAGCGCAGUCACCAUAUCUGGCACGUCCAUGGCCUGUCCGCACAUUGCUGGACUUGCCGUCUAUGCCAUGUCUACUCGGGGUGUUGCCGGCGGCCCAGCGACUCGGCACCUGCUUUCGACGGCUACCAAGGGCAAGGUCAGUGAUUCUCGUGGCUCUCCCAACCUUGUUGGAAACAACAACGUCCCUGGCCAGUGA